UUAAGUUGAAAAUGUCCAAGCCAGUUUUAGCAGGACUAGCCAUUGGGCUGAUCUUCAUGAGCAGCUUCACAGGCCAGUGCUAUGGUCAGCUGCAGGUAGGAUUCUAUGAAGGAAAAUGUAGCGGCAAAAACGUCGAGGCCAUUGUCGGCGGUGUCAUUGCUGGCUGGAUCAAGAAGGAUCCGACUAUCGUUGCCGCCCUCCUCCGCAUGCAGUUCCAUGAUUGCUUUGUCAAUGGAUGUGAUGCAUCAAUCCUACUAGAUGGUAGCAACAGUGAGAAAACAGCAUUCCCAAAUCUAAGUGUGAGGGGCUUUGACAUAAUUGAUGCUGCAAAGGCUGCUGUGGAGGCUGUAUGCCCGGGAGUAGUCUCUUGUGCUGACAUCAUUGUUAUGGCUACCAGAGAUGCAGUAUCUUUGAGUGGAGGAGAGCAAUACCGUGUCCAAACAGGGCGAAGGGAUGGACUUGUAUCUCUUGCUCAAAAUGUGAAUCUUCCAGCUCCUUCCAUAUCAGUGUCGGACUCCAUCAAAGCAUUUGCCAAUAAAGGGCUUGGCGUUAUCGAUAUGGUUUAUCUUCUUGGCGGUCACACUGUUGGAGUUGCACAUUGUUCGCUCUUCAAAGACCGUCUCUACAAUUUCAAGAACACUGGAAUGCCCGACCCAACCGUGGACCCUAUGCUGCUAAUCACAUUGAGAUUAAAAUGUCCUCAGAAUGCAACAAUUGACAACACAGCUUAUCUUGACCAAAAUCCUCAAAGUUCAUUUGUUGUUGACAAUUCUUACUAUCGACAAAUACUAUUUCGCAAAGGUAUCCUUCAAAUCGACCAAGAGAUAUCAUUUGAUCCACAAACGAUGCUCACGGUGAUAAAUGCAGCAUGGGGGUAUGACUUCUCAUUCCAAUUCGCCCAGGCCAUGGUCAAGUUGGGUGCAGUCCAAGUUCUCACCGGCACACAAGGGGAGAUCAGAGCAUCAUGCCGAUUUGUCAAUAGCUAAGGAGAAGACAUAUAUGCCUCUUGGUUUCAAUUCAUUCAAUUUUCCUUCUCUUAGUUAUGGAGAGUUUGGCAUCUUAUAACUCAAAAGACUUGUGAUGGUGUGUUUGUCUUCUUCUUUCAUUGUUCUAAUU